AAACACUAAACAAAAAAGGCAUGUAGACAGAUAAAUAAGUAAUUAUAGUUGACCCUCUUCGACACAUAUGGGGAUUCAACCAAUAGAAGGAACAGCAACAAAAAAGUUGUACAUGUAUUGAACAUGUAUGAACUUUAUUUUUGCAUCAUUAAUUCCUAAAAAUAAAACCUAAUGUCUAUUCACAUAACAUUUACAUUGGAUUAGGCUUCAUAGGUAAUCUAGAGAUGAGUUAAAAGUGUAUGGGAGGGUGUGCCUAGGUUUAUAUGCAAAUGAUGCUAUUUUAUGUAAAGGACUUGAGCCUCUGUGGAGGUUUUAUAUCCACUGAAGGCAAUGUCUGGAACCAAAUCCCCAGUAGACACUAAGGGAUGAGAUGACUGUAUGUAAGUGACUAGCCCUGAGCAGGAGGUAAAGAGAAGGCUGAAAAAGAAACAGCAGGAGGUGAUUUAAGUUCAGAGGCAGAGAGGCAAGGCUCUGGACAGACACCAGGCUGCUUCUGCAACCAAAGCGCAGGGAGGGAAGACCCCCAAAUCAGGUUAGGGGAGGCAGGGCUGGUCAGGUGUAGAAGGCCCCGGUAGAGUCCAGGGUAUGCGUUGAUGCUUUAAGUAGGGACCUGACAGGUCUGGUCUUUGCCUUAGGCUCGCUCUGCUAUGUGGGAAAUGAAACCUCUCCAGGGUCACAUCAGAGUCGUAUAGGGUGUGUCGGGACAAGCUGGGACUUGACAAGAAAUCAAGACUGGUGGCCCUGGAGUCGCAUGGACACACUUGGGGACCAAGAGUCUCCGUAUGAAUAAGAUACCCACAAGGGCACCUGUUUUCAUCGCCGCACGUAGGACAUCAAAGGCGCGCUCGCUCCAGGGCUCAACACAUGACUUUCCUUUUACCUCUUUUCAGAGGACCUGUACUUCCAUCUUCGCUUUGCUGGUCACGCUGACAUCUUGGCCAUCUCUCUCCCUCUCUGCCACAGUCUGGAUGACACCAGUCACAGGAGACAGCGCGGAUUUCCCUCAAAUCGGGCGGCAGGCACAGCCCAGGAAUCCCAGGCACGGGAGGGCGAGGAGCGCGCGCGCUCUAGAAACUCUGAGCAAACUUGAAGCCACGGGUCUCCUGCCACCACAGGCUGCCCAGGCCGCGGGGGCGUUUCCUCGCUUAGGACCCCGCCCCGCGCUGCCAGGGGCGGGGCCCGCGGAGUGCCCGGGACAGGAAGAGGGCGGGGGGAUCCGAGGCGUCCGGGACUCGCCGCGGGGCUGAAGGGGCGGAGGGGAACUCCCGCGAAAUCCCCGGGCGAGAGCGCGGGGCGCACCUCGGGGUUCCCUGGCCCGUCCGGGGGCGGAGGCUCGGCCAGGCUGCCGACCCAGGCCUGCCCCGGGGGCCCGCCCGCGCAGUCCCCGCCCCUCGGCAGCCACCGCCACCGCCUCCGCCUCCCGGCCGCCCGGGACGCGCCCGGCGGGCUAGCGAGCGGCGGGCACGGCUCCCUGUCCGGCGCACUCACUUCCGCGUCCCGCCGCCUGGGCCGAGCACCCAGCCGUCGCCAUCGCACACCCGGCCGCUCCGGGACCCAGCUGCCGAGACUCCCGCCGCGGGGAGACCGCCCGCGCCCCCGCCCCGCGUCCUAGGACCCCAGCUCUGGCCCCAGGAAGCCCCGGAGGACCGAGCGCGCGCCUGCGCCUACGGCCGCCACGCUUUGCUCGGCGGGAUCCGGCUGGCAGCCUCCGCACGGUGCUGGCCGACCCGGCCCUAGCCCAGCGGCUGCCGGGUGCAUUUCCAAGUUCGGUUGCCUAAGGUGGAUGGGAUGUGCCUUUUCUUUCUCACUCUCUCUUUUUUCUUCGUGCCUAUUUCAUUUUCUUCUUUGAUUUGAAAAAAGAGAAAAGAACUCCGCAGAGCAGGCCAGGGACAGCUGAGUUCCAACUGCCCCCACGUGGACGCUCUCUAGGGGAAAAGAAGUUGGAAGGAAACUUGGUCCUGCUGGUCCGGAGGCCUCAACUUGGACUGGACUCUAGAGUCAUGACCCUCACAUCGGACAGGUGGAAGUCUUUACCUGUCCUGGGCUGGACUUGAGCUCCGGCCCUUAACCAGCACUCUCUCAGAACCCCCGUCGCCACCACACUCACACCUGGCCUUUAGGCUACGCCUGGACACUGGUCAGCAACAUGGAUAAGUAUGACGAUCUGGGCCUGGAGGCCAGUAAAUUCAUCGAGGACCUGAACAUGUAUGAAGCCUCCAAGGAUGGGCUUUUCCGCGUGGACAAAGGUGCAAGCAACAACCCUGAGUUUGAGGAGACACGCAGGGUGUUUGCUACCAAGAUGGCCAAAAUCCACCUUCAGCAGCAGCAGCAGCUCCUUCAGGAAGAGACCCUUCCCAGGGGGAGCAGAGGUCCUGUCAAUGGUGGGGGCAGGCUGGGCCCACAGGCCCCCAGGGAAGCUGGUGUGGGCAGCAAGCUGACUGUGGAUGGUGCUGCCAAGCCCCCUCUUGCUGCCUCCACAGUGGCGCCUGGGGUAACCACCACCACUUCCACUGGGCAGCCCAUAUACCCACCCCAGGAGCAGAGGGCCAGGCCACAUCUCCAUGGCAUAAGGCCUGGUAGCCAGGACUGUGGUUCCAGGGAGGGUCCACUGAGUUCCGAGAGGUCUGCUUUCCACCGUCCCUGCGAGGAUCCUUCCUGCCUCACUCAUGGAGACUAUUAUGAUAACCUCUCUGUGGCAAGCCCACCGUGGGAGGACAAACCAGGAGUGUCCUCCAGCAUCGGCCUGGAUGUAGGGAGUAUGUGGCCUGAUUCCUCAGGGAGUGACUCCUCAUUGCCCAGAACCUGUGGGGACCAUCACUUGUACCAGCCACAGCUCUCCCUGAGCUCCAGCAAGUCUUUUGAGAGUGGCCUUGGUGGCCAGGAUGGUGGUGUUGGUGGCUGUAGUAGUGAGAAGCCAGCAGGACUUUGGUCUACUGCCUCUUCCCAGAGGGUGAGCCCUGGCCUUCCUUCCCCAAGCUUGGAGAAUGGGGCUCCAGUUCAGCCCAGGAACCCUUCUAUUUCAGCACCCCUGGCCUCCAACUGUCCCACUCAAGGAACUCUUUCAAGGACAAACUUAGGGCUGGGUUGUGAGAUUCCAGGCGUUUUGUCCAAACCCACUGUGGACCCUCAACCCUGGUUUCAGGAUGGACCCAAAUCUUAUCUUUCAAAUUCUGCCCCAUUAUCAGCAGCUGGCAAGGACAGUUCACAGCUAGGUAAAGUCCCUGGGUUGGGACCGAAGUCGGGAUGUGCAGACCUUGGCACUGGGCCCAAGCUCAGUACCACCAAUCUUGUCCAUCCAGUGAUGUCCACUCUGCCUGAGUUAUCUUGUAAAGAGGGUCCUCCCAGCUGGUCUCCUGACAGUAGCCUAGGACCUGUGCUCCCAGAGAGCCCCAACUCAUCCAGGGUGAGGCUGCCCUGCCAAACUCUCAUCCCAGGCCCUGAACUUGGACCCUCUGCUGCAGAAUUGAAAUUAGAAGCCCUCACCCAGCGUCUGGAGCGAGAAAUGGAUGCUCACCCAAAGGCUGAUUACUUUGGAGCCUGUGUGAAAUGCAGCAAAGGAGUAUUUGGGGCUGGCCAGGCCUGCCAGGCUAUGGGGAACCUCUACCAUGACGCCUGCUUCACCUGUGCGGCUUGCAGCCGGAAGCUGAGAGGAAAAGCCUUUUAUUUUGUCAACGGCAAAGUGUUUUGUGAGGAAGACUUCCUGUACUCUGGCUUCCAGCAGUCUGCUGACAGGUGUUUUCUUUGUGGACAUCUGAUCAUGGACAUGAUCCUGCAGGCCCUGGGGAAGUCCUACCACCCUGGCUGUUUCCGAUGUGUGAUCUGUAACGAGUGUUUGGACGGGGUGCCCUUCACCGUGGACUCGGAGAACAAGAUCUACUGUGUCCGAGAUUACCACAAGGUAUUGGCCCCCAAGUGUGCAGCUUGUGGGCUUCCCAUCCUUCCACCUGAGGGCUCCGAUGAGACCAUCCGUGUCGUGUCCAUGGACAGAGACUACCACGUGGAGUGUUACCACUGCGAGGACUGUGGUCUGGAGCUCAAUGAUGAAGAUGGUCACCGCUGCUAUCCCCUGGAGGACCACCUGUUCUGUCACUCAUGCCAUGUCAAGAGGCUGGAGAAAGGCCCCUCGUCUGCAGCCCUCCACCAGCACCACUUCUAGCCAGAGCCACUCCCGGAACUCCUGGUGGGGGUGACUCGGGAAGCCACUCCACUGUGUGAGCCAACAGUUCCCGCUUCAGGAGGAGAGUUUUGUGUUGAUCACAUUCCCAGGGUGUCCUGAAGUGACAGCUCAGCGGCCAAGACAUUCAGCCCUUCCCCUCCGAUAGGAAGGUGCCUUCACCCGGUCACCCCUUCAUACAUAUGCACCUCCAAGGCAGGAUUGAAGACUGCUUUCCACCCCAGAUUCAGUACUGCUGAGAGUGGCUGCAAACUUUAAUCGCCUUAUGGCAAGAAGGAAGCUCUAAUCCGUGCUUUGCGUCCUGAGAAGUAUUUGCUUAGUACAUCAGAGCCCAGGUUCCAGACACGGGAGCCCAGGCUCCUCCUUGGGCUCUCACGGCAUUCUGUGCCCCUGCCAGUCCUCACUCUCUUAAGGCAGCGUGUGAUAUUUGGGGGCCCCAUGGAGGCUUGCCUUGUCCCUGUAAAACAUGCUUUGGGAGAAGACCUUGGUGCAGGCACCAGGACUCUUUUGCCCACCUAUUUGUGUUUUUUUUUUUUUUCCCAGAGCUCUGGAGAGUCUGUGACUUUGGAGCCAUUCCUGCAAGGAAGUCUCUGGAUCCCAUGUGGGAACAUGUCUGGCACCUAUUUUAGCUAAUUUAACGAAGGCCUUUUUGAAAGUCCUGCCCACGUUGCAGAGAGAGAACUCCUUAGAAGCAGGGAGAGUUUUUGUGUGUGUGAGAUCUGUGAGCUGGCAUGUCAGGCAGUGCUUCUGGGGUGAGUUAAUAUAUUUACUUCAGGGCUUUCCUUCUGGGCACAGACAUUAUGUUUGAAGAAACCAACAUAAGGUACACUGCUUUGGCCUAUUUUUUUUUUCUUUUAAUUGUUUCUGUCCACUUUUAGUCUUUCACACACACAAAAAUACCUCACAGAUAGAGCUUCACCAAAUUGCAUUUUUACGAGGGAUUUGGCCACCACACUGGACUCAGAUACCUCCUUGGGUGUGUGAGGAAUCGCUGGCUUCACAUGUCAGACUCCAGCUGGUCAGGGUAGUGUGAUCAUAACUAAACAGCAGCUGGGAAUAGAGCUGAUGGAAAUUCGGCACUAUGGCCUUAUGCAUUUCAGCAUACUGGCUCCCAGGCGGCCAGAGCUGGAGGAGGACCACACACUGGCAAGAUUUCAAGAUCACCUGAAAAUGCAAAAUUUGCCCUCCAAGUCACUCCAAGGCUGCUGAGGCCAGAGGAUAAUUCGAAUGGGAGAAGCUUUUUUUAAAAAAAAGACUGGUUGCCAUUUGCCCUCUUCUCCUGUGACGGGAUUGCUGGGUGUCUCCCUGCUGCCAGCCAGAGCAGGGCAUGGCUCUGGCCUCUGUACUCUGCAGAGUCCUAUCCUCACACCCAGAGUGGGCUGUGGAGAGUGGUCAGUGGUAUUGCUGGCACAAGUGAAUACAGACCUUUCACCGGGCCUGGCUCCACCUGUGGGCCAUGUUUGGACUCAUUGGCAGCCAUUGUGGGUGAGAAGCACAGAAUCAGCACCAGGGAUUGUCUUUUCCAUUUCCUUUGGCCAGAUGGCACUCCUCAGUUCCUGGUCCCAGGCUGUGCCUCCUGAAAGCCCAUGAAUACAUGGGCCUGUGGUGUGGACCCUGAGGCUGGGCCCCUCUCUUCUGAACAAGCCAUCCAGCUUGGCUUUGGCAGGGCUGGUGGGGGAACAAAGUGAGCCACUAGGUCUUAACCUAGCUCUGUCCCCUAACGUUGGCCUUGCCGGCACACCUUUGCUCCACUUUUGAGUCAAGCAGAGUGAAGAAAAUUGUGUUGGAAUCACUAUCAGAAGUAGCAGGGAUUUGUUUGCAAAUGGAAUAAUUAGUUUAAAACCCUUAGAUUAAUAUUUUGAAUGACAUUUUUAAAGUGGCCUUGAUAGAGGUAUUUCAGAUGUAUUUGCAAAUUCAUUUUAUGUUGUGGGAAAAGUACAAUGAUAAUUUCCAGAUGUCCUAGAAAUCCUAGCAGUGGACUUCUGAUUGUCCAGUCUCUGGAAAGGGCACUGGUAGGGAUCUUGAAUUAGUUUUGUCUGUCUCCAUCUCAGGCCCUGGCAUGAAAGCCAUGAAGAGAUGUUGGCCUAUCUGUAUUUUAAAUAAAUUAUUGGUCCAAUAGAACUGUAAUGGGGUUGUAUUUAUGGG